AUGUCCAACAUCGAGGAGGAGCAGGAGCUGCUGGAUCAAAAUGACACGGAUCACGCGGCGAGCUGCAUAGCAGAGAAAACCAUCAGCUGCAGUGAUCCUCUGCAGAGUGAGAAGAGUAGAAAGGUCCACCCGCGGCUAGUCUCGACACCGGUGCAGAAGGAGGAGUUUUUAUGGAGGUCGAACGAGGAAGGGCGGCAAUCGAAGACCAGGCAGAAAUCAUUCGACCAGAAGCAAGAGGAUGACGCGUCGGGCAGCUCGCUGCAGGGUGACAUAUGCAGAAUAUGCCACAUGGGGGGCUUUCCUCAGCUGGCCCAUACCCAGCCGAUGUGGGAGUGGCAGAACCAGGGCGUUCGUCGGGUUUCCAGCCAGAUAUCCACCUUGUCGUCGUACGCCUACUUGGGGCCGCUGAUCGCAGCUUGCAAAUGCCGCGGUACCGUGGGUCUCGUCCAUGCCGAAUGCCUCGAACGAUGGUUGACAGAAUCGGGGCACAUGAGGUGUGAACUUUGCGGUCACAAGUACGUCAUCAAGCGAGUUCCUCGCCACGGGAUUCUCGCCAGUGUUGGAAUAUGGCUGAAAACAGUGGUAGCUACUCAGCAGAUGUUCCUGGACAUAAUGUAUCUUCUGGUAACAACGCCCCUUGCCCUGUUUUCCUGCUACGUCUGCGCGCUUGCGUUGAGGGUGUUGAUAGAGGGUGGAUUUUACCAGAUACCAUGGAUGAUAAUAGCGAUGCUGCCGACAUGCUCACUGACGCUGAUCGCCUACUGGGGCUGGCUGAUAACUCUGGGCAGGUACACGAGCAGGUAG